CAUAGGCAGCCUGUUCCCCCCAGAGUUAACUUUUUAAUCCCGGUUUUGUCGUGUUAUCACACACAAGAGGAAGGAGGCGGAGGAGGUCGGUGAAAGAAAAGAGGCAAAAAAAAGUCAGUCAUGGUAUGAGGGCGAGCGUGAAAGCCGGGAGCGUGUACAUGCAACAGAAGCUCGUUGAUAUUUAACUGUGUGAAGAAGAAGAGGAGGAAGGAGAGAGGGAAAAAAGGGAAAGGGAAGCCCGGAGAAGCGAGAGAAAAGCGGGGUACAAGAUGCAGCCGGCCGCGGUGCUGUGGGGCUCCCUGAUAACUUUGCUGCUCAGCCAAAGUCCAGGAGUUCACGGCAGCGCCGAGUGCUCGUGCGGGAGGAACCACUUCACAUGUGCGGUCAGUGCAUUUGGAGAGUGUACCUGCAUCCCGGCCCAGUGGCAGUGUGACGGAGACAACGACUGCGGGGACCACAGCGACGAGGAUGGAUGCAUGCUUCCCACCUGCUCGCCGCUGGACUUCCACUGCGACAACGGCAAAUGUAUCCGCCGCUCCUGGGUGUGUGACGGAGACAACGACUGCGAGGACGACUCCGACGAACAGGACUGCCCUCCCAGAGAGUGCGAGGAGGACGAGUUUCACUGCCAAAAUGGCUACUGUAUUCGCAGCCUCUGGCACUGCGAUGGUGACAAUGAUUGUGGGGACAACAGUGAUGAACAGUGUGACAUGCGUAAAUGUUCAGAUAAGGAGUUCCGCUGUACAGACGGCAGCUGUAUCGCUGAGCACUGGUACUGUGAUGGAGACACGGACUGUAAGGAUGGAUCAGACGAGGAAAACUGCCCCUCAGAUGUGAUGGCAGCCACCUGCAGCGUGGAGGAGUUCCAGUGUGCGUACGGCCGCUGUAUCCUGGACAUCUACCACUGUGACGGAGACGACGACUGCGGAGACUGGUCGGACGAGUCGGACUGCUCUUCCCACCAGCCCUGCAGAUCGGUUGAAUUCAUGUGCAGCAGCGGGAUGUGCAUCAACGCUGGCUGGAGGUGUGACGGCGAAUUUGACUGUGACGACCAAUCAGACGAGAAGAACUGCACCACGUCCAUGUGCACGGCUGACCAGUUCCGCUGCGGCACCGGACGCUGUGUCCGGUUGUCAUGGAGAUGCGAUGGCGAGCCUGACUGCUCUGACCGCAGUGAUGAAGAGGGCUGCGAGAAAACUGAGAGUCCUCCAUGUGCUCCUGAUCAGUUCCAGUGUGGUAACGGACGCUGCAUCGGUCAGAGGAAGGUGUGCAAUGAGGUUAACGACUGUGGAGACGGGACUGACGAACUUCCUCACCAUGACUGCCGUCCGCGCUCCAGCGAGGGAAACUGUAACCAGAAUAACGGAGGCUGCUCCCAGAAGUGUCAGAUGGUCAGAGGACUGGUCCAGUGCACCUGUCAUACUGGAUACCGACUGAUGGACGACGGCAAAGCCUGCCAGGAUGUGGACGAGUGUGCCGAAGAAGGUUACUGCAGCCAGGGCUGUACCAACACGGAGGGGGGGUUCCAGUGCUGGUGCGUCCAGGGCUAUGAGCUCCGACCUGACAAGCGCAGCUGCAAAGCUCUGGGUCCAGAGCCGGUGCUGCUUUUCGCCAACCGCAUCGACAUCCGUCAGGUUUUGCCGCAUCGCUCCGAAUAUACCCUGCUGCUCAACAACCUAGAGAACGCCAUCGCCCUGGACUUCCACCACAGCCGCGAGCUGGUCUUCUGGUCCGACGUGACGCUGGACCGCAUCAUGAAGGCCAACCUCAACGGUUCCAACGUAGAGGAGGUUGUCUCCACUGGUCUGGAGAGCCCAGGUGGACUGGCCAUAGACUGGAUCCAUGACAAGUUGUACUGGACAGACUCUGGGACGUCCCGUAUCGAGGUGGCCAACCUGGACGGUACUCACCGCAAGGUGCUGCUGUGGCAGAACAUGGAGAAGCCCCGAGCCAUCGCGCUGCACCCCAUCGAGGGUAAGAUCUACUGGACGGAUUGGGGCAACACACCUCGUAUUGAGUACGCCAACAUGGACGGCUCCAACAGGCGCGUGAUCGCAGACACACACCUGUUCUGGCCCAACGGCCUCACCAUCGACUACGCCGGCCGCCGAAUGUACUGGGUGGACGCCAAGCACCAUGUCAUCGAGAGGGCCGACCUGGACGGACGCAACCGCAAAGCUGUCAUCAGCCAAGGCCUUCCCCACCCGUUUGCCAUCACUGUGUUUGAGGAUAGCCUCUACUGGACUGACUGGCACACCAAGAGCAUCAACAGUGCCAAUAAGUUCACUGGAAAGAACCAAGAGAUAAUUCGCAACAAGCUGCACUUCCCCAUGGACAUCCAUACUCUGCACCCCCAGAGGCAGCCUGCAGGAGGCAGGAACCGCUGUGGCACCAACAACGGAGGCUGCAGCCACUUGUGUCUCCCCAGCAACAAGACGCACACCUGCGCCUGUCCCACCGGCUUCAAGAAGGUGGACCACAACAACUGUGCCAACGGUCUUGACAAGUUCCUGCUUUUUGCCCGAAGGACGGACAUCCGACGGAUCAGCUUCGACACAGAGGACAUGUCCGAUGAUGUCAUCCCUCUGGCUGAUGUGCGCAAUGCCGUGGCUCUGGACUGGGACGCCAAAGAUGGCUACAUCUACUGGACGGACGUCACCACUGACUCCAUCAACAGAGCGCUGUGGAACGGCACCAAGCAGGAGGUGGUGGUGGACACCAGUCUGGAGAGCCCAGCAGGUUUGGCAAUUGACUGGGUGACCAACAAGCUCUACUGGACUGAUGCUGGUACAGACCGUAUCGAGGUUUCUAAUGCUGAUGGCAGCAUGCGGACUGUCCUGAUAUGGGAGAACUUGGACCGGCCCAGGGACAUUGUUGUUGAUCCAGUCGGGGGUUUCAUGUACUGGACCGACUGGGGUGCCAACCCAAAGAUCGAGCGUGCAGGAAUGGACGCCUCCAGUCGCAUCGUCAUCAUCUCGUCAAACUUGACAUGGCCCAACGGACUCGCCAUUGACUACGAGACCAAACGGCUGUACUGGGCCGACGCUGGAAUGAAGACUAUUGAAUUUGGCAACUUUGACGGUUCUGACCGACAGGUUCUGAUUGGCAGCCAGCUGCCUCACCCCUUUGGCCUGACCGUACACCAGGACAAGCUGUACUGGACAGACUGGCAGUCCAAGAGCAUCCAGAGUGCCGACAAGCUCACCGGCUUGGGUCGACACACACUGGCCGAAAACCUGGAGAAUCUCAUGGAUAUUCACAUGUUCCACCGACAUCGAGAGACAGUGCGUAACCCAUGUGCGGUGAAUAAUGGAGGCUGCAGCCACCUCUGUCUGCUGGCUCCGGCUCCCAAAGCCUCCAGCUGUGCCUGUCCCACCGGGAUCAACCUGCAGACGGAUGGAAAAACCUGCACGCCGGGAAUGAACAGCUUCCUGAUCUUUGCAAGGAGGACAGACAUCAGGAUGGUUUCUUUGGAUAUCCCCUACUUUGCUGAUGUGGUUCUGGCCGUCAACAGCUCCAUGAAAAACACCAUCGCCAUCGGAGUCGACCCCAAAGAAGGAAAAGUCUACUGGUCUGACAGCACACUGAAGAAAAUCAGCAGGUCAAACAUCAACGGAAAAGAACAAGAAGACAUCAUAUCUACAGGUUUGGUGACGACCGAUGGCCUGGCGGUGGAUGCUGUUGGCAGGAAGAUCUACUGGACGGACACGGGAACCAACCGCAUCGAGGCUGCCAACCUGGACGGCUCCAUGAGGAAAGUUCUCGUCUGGCAAAGCCUGGACAGCCCUCGAGCCAUCGCCCUCUACCAUGAGAUGGGUUAUAUGUACUGGACAGACUGGGGCGAGCACGCUAAACUGGAGCGCUCAGCGAUGGACGGAUCAGACCGCGUGGUCCUUAUCAGCAACAACCUGGGCUGGCCCAACGGCCUGGCCAUCGACAUGGCCGGCUCACAGUUACUGUGGGCCGACGCUCACACUGAGAGAAUCGAGGCGGCUGACCUGAACGGGCAGAAUCGCCGCACUCUGGUGACUCCAGUCCAGCACCCGUAUGGUUUGACCCUGCUGGGCUCCCACAUCUACUGGACAGACUGGCAGAGCCGCAGCAUCCAGCGAGCUGACAAGAACACGGGUACAAACAUCAUCACGGUGCGAGCCAACCUGCCGGGCCUGAUGGACAUCCAGGCGGUGGACAGGGAGAGGCCACUGGGCUUUAAUAAGUGUGGCAGGAGGAACGGGGGCUGCACCCACCUGUGCCUGCCUCGUCCCAACGGCACGUCCUGCGCCUGUCCCACUGGCAUCCUGCUCAAAGGAGACGGUAGGUCAUGCGAUGACUCCCCGGAGUCCUACCUGCUCUUCUCCAACCGUGUCAGCGUUCGCAGAAUCUCCCUCGACACCGACGACCACACCGACGUGCACGUGCCAGUGCCAGAGCUGCACAACGUCAUCUCGCUGGACUACGACAGCGUGGACGGAAAACUUUACUACACUGAUGUCACCCUGGAUGUUAUAAGGCGUUCAAACCUGGACGGCAGUGGCAUGGAGACGGUGAUCAGUCAGGGUCUGAAGACCACAGAUGGGCUGGCUGUAGACUGGGUGGCCAGGAACAUGUACUGGACUGACACCGGGCGCAACACCAUCGAGGUGGCCCGCCUGGAUGGAACGAGCCGCAAAGUCCUGGUCAACAACAGCUUAGAUGAACCCCGAGCCAUCGCAGUGUUCCCGAGCAAAGGGUUCCUGUUCUGGACUGACUGGGGUCACAUUGCAAAGAUUGAGCGAUCUCACCUGGACGGCUCGGACCGAAAAGUUCUGAUCAAUACGGACCUGGGCUGGCCCAACGGUCUCACACUGGACUACGACACACGAAGGAUCUUCUGGGUGGACGCCCACUUGGACAGAAUCGAGAGUUCGGACCUGAACGGGAAACUGCGUCAGGUCCUCGUCAGCCCCGUGUCCCACCCGUUCGCCCUCACACAGUUGAAGCCGGUGUCCUCCCCUCUAACUCCUUUCUCCCGACUCUCGCAGCAAGACCGCUGGAUCUACUGGACGGACUGGCAGACUAAGUCCAUCCAGCGAGUGGACAAACACACGGGCCGUAACAAGGAAACCGUGCUGGCCAACGUGGAGGGCCUCAUGGACAUUAUAGUGGUAUCACCUCACAGGCAGACAGGUACAAAUCUCUGCGGGGUGAAUAACGGCGGCUGCACUCACCUCUGCUUCGCCAAGACCAACAGUUUCGUGUGCGCCUGCCCUGAUGAACCAGACGGGCGACCCUGCUCCACCAUUUCAGGUUACAUCCCCACCUCUCCUACCAGAGGAACCAGCAGCACUCCUGUCCCCAAAAUCCCCAAAGCUCCAACAGACAAUCCACAUGGACGCUCAGCAGUCAACUGCACUGACAAGAACCUGAAUGUAGAAGGCUGCUCGAACAAUGUGGUGACGGCUCCUCACGGAGAGGGACUUCAUAUCAGCUACGUGAUUGGUGGAGUUCUUACCAUCCUGGCCAUACUGAUCCUCAUUGCUGCUUUGAUUAUCUACAGACAUAAAAAGUCAAAGUUUGCUGACCCAGGAGUGAGCAACCUGACCUACAGCAAUCCCUCGUAUCGGACGUCCACACAAGAGGUCAAAAUCGAGGCGUCGCAGAAGCCUCCAAUAUACAACCAACUUCGAUAUAAGAAAGAGGGGGGAGUGGACGGAGGCUACACCAAGGAGAAGAUCCGCAUCGUGGAGGGCGUGUGUCUCCUGUCCAAUGAGGAGCUUUACUGGGACGACCUAAAACAGAUCAAGCCGUCCCGAGGCGGCUUGCACACCUGCAUGCGCACAGACACCGUGUCCCUGCAGGCCAGCAGCGCCUCGCUAGACGAUGGCGAGACGGAGCAGCUCCUCCAGGAGGAAGCGUCCGAAUGCUCCUCCAUAACCACCUUGACCCCUUCAGCCAUCACCCCGCAGCGUCACGCCCAGCACAGCCUCCCCGACACCGGCUGGGUCUCCACGCGCAAGCCCUCCACUGAGAGUGAAGUGUGAGGAAGGCCUCCUCGCCCUCCGUGCUUUAUCCCAACUUCCAUUACCUGAUACACACCUGUAUUUAUAGCUGGUACAAACACACAAAGAUAAAUAGAUACAAAAACAGUUGUAUACGUAGAGUAACGGUACGAAUGGUUAGACACAGCUAAGCUCCUGCAAACACAACUCCUGUCUCUGAAACUGGGGCUCCGUCCUACUUGUGCACACACACACACACACACACACACGUGCAGUACAGUCCUCCAACAGUACCCUCAGUGCUACUGCCUUUAGGCGAAAUCAUAAACUAAUGAGCAUGCUUGAAUAAGAAAGCAAAGGACUCUGGGGAGGAAGUGAACAGAGACACAAGCGUUACCCUUUUUAAAGGAUGCAGACUCUCGAUGUGACAAACGCUUCUCUGUGUACAACUUUAUUUUUUGUGAACUUUUUUUUUUUGGACGAAGCUAGAACGACAUACUCCCCGGACGAUGUAACCACGAUGCUCUCUCUAAUGCCACUCAUGUCUUUAUGAACUCUAUUUAUGAACGUUUUUUGUACUUUGUGGAGUGCUGACUUUCCGAAAAAUGGCGAGAGUGUUGUGCCGCAGGACCCGGGUAUUCAAGAGUUGUAUUUAUGACAGUGCCAAAGGGUGGGACUUCACAGAGUCUCCAUGCUUCUUUCAGCAUUUACACUUCAAUAGAAAUGUAUUUUAGUUUCGGGAUGUUUGUUUUGACUUUAUCGACUUGCCCUCACCCUUCUGAUUCUUUAUUUUACAGCCUCCAUCAGGUCAAGCAAGGACUUUCCGUAUGUAGAUGGUACUCUCAGUUGGUCGCAGAAGUCCAGUUCAUUAUUUGCGAAAGUAACCUCAAGUUAGUUUUUUUUCAAGAUGCAAUUCAACCAUUGCUGAUCCUCGGGCAUAGCAGAGGAAGCCACGAUGAAGUAACAGCCUAAGUGCCAAACAUUUUGUUCUUUUUCCUCCUUCAGCUGUUUAAUUAUUUCACUCAGAGGGUUUAAAGUGUUGUUGACAUUUUUUUUUUUACUUGGCCACUGAGAUCACAGAAAGACAUGUUUUUUCAGACAUGUACCACUGGAGCUACUCAGCCAUGCAGAUAGCUGUGUUUUCAUUUAUCCAGGUGUUAGACAUAGCCUACUUGAUGCAUCUGUCCUAAACAAUAGACUACUUUACCAAUCCAAUCUCCCACUGAGUGUAUCUUUUAUUCUUCUUUUGAAAAAAAAUAAGGAUAAAUGAUACACAACAGUGGCUCUCGACUUUUUUUUUUUUUUGUGUCAGGCACCCCUAAAUUGAUCCACAUUAGGUCAUGGACCAUCUGAAAAUAUUUUGGUUGUUCAGACUGAUUUAAUUGUCAACUAGGGAUGUCAACGGUUAAUUGGUUAACUGCCAAAAAUAUUAUUCACUGCUUAUGCAUGUUGGUCUAUAGGUUAAUUUUUCUACCCUUCAGUUUGUGGACUGCACCCCACCUGAGUCCGGUGGUAACUAGGUAGCUGUGCCACUCGUUUGGUGAUUACUGGUUGUAACGCCAUCCUGACCCAUCAGUGUUGCCGUGGAAACAUUGUACACACUCUCCAGCC